AUGGAUUUUUCCUCGCGCCAGGCGAAUGCCACCACGGCCAGCUUUGAGUACUCGGCCGAGCUCCUCAUCGACGCGAUUAAAAUGUACCCAUAUCUGUAUGACAAGCGGCACCCUUCUUUUAAAGAGCUCUAUGUGUUGCGAUACAGUAUGCACAAGACAUUCUUACAGCAAGGGUUUUUUUUUUCAGGUGCCCUUGUUGAGAAACGAUUUAAGAACCUGCGUGAUAUGUUCAAAAGGAAACAAGACAUACGUGAAAAACAAACGAGUGGAGCCGGAGCAGCCGACAUUCCAAAUAAAUGGCCCCAUUUUGAUGCCAUGCUUGAAUUAAUGGAAGGAGAGUCUGAGCCUGUGGCCAGCCACAUCACAGCAGAAGAGGCUAACGAGAAGUGA